UUAGGGCUACAGUGUACUGUAUUUACGAUUUUGCUUAGUUUUCUAGGUGGCUGAUGUUAGUUUCCUUGCUGCUUAUCUUAGGCCGUAACGACCAUCACGUGACCAAUGGAUCUUUUGAAUGCUGUCACUCAGCAAUUUCUUGGUCCCGCUUUUCACGAAAGAGUGCAGUUGUUUAACGCCAAGCGAAUGUCUAAAAACUCUAGCCAAGCUGACGCGUCUGAAGCGAGCGACGGAGAGGAAAAUCCGUUACAGUCUCAGAUGCGGAGUAUGGUGUUGGAUAUCUACAAUGAAGGAACGACAACGCAGCAGCAAGAAGUACGGGGAUCUCAUAAACCAGUUGAUUCUGAUGAUGUGGAUGAGCCAUCAAUGUUGGUCAGACGUCAGACAGGCAGAGAAGCAAGUAAGGGUGUGGAGUCAUCUUCAUCUCGACCACCAACUCGACCACAUUCAGUGUCAGGAUUGAGUCUGACGACGGCCACUUUUCCUCAGACCGAGAGUUUGCCGAAGAGCAGUUAUGAUGUGGCUCUUAAUGCUUCGGUUGAGUUGAGGUCUGACUCUUGUUCUGUUACGCCUCGGAGUGGCAGCAGUGAUUUGUCUGCGUCUCACAGUUCUUUACCAGAAUCUCUUAGAGAAUUGAAUUCACACCUAUUGACAUCUCCAUUGACUGAUGGAGAGCAAGUGUCUGUAGCUACUGGAUCACAAGGUGUCAUGUCAGGAUUUAGGCGAAAACUCUCAUUUGACAAAUCUGAGAAGCCAAUGGAUGCAUCUUUAAAUGUAUUUGCAAGUGAGUCAGUCUCAUCAAAACUGUCAACUAUACUAACUAGUCAAACUCAGUGGCCAACCAAGUUAAAUGUAGCGGAUUCAUUUGGCAUUAUUAGAGACAAAGAAUCGUCUGAUCAAACUCAAACUCAACAGGAAAAACUAGUUACUGGUCGUUGUGCUUUCUUGCCUUAUACGCCACCAUUUUCUCAAGGAGUUAAAUGGGCAUCUCCGUCGUCUAUCCAGACAGACAGUGUGAAACGUAAGGCUCGGAAAGCUGCCUUACAGCUUCAGAGUUUACAAGAAGAGAGCGCGCACUUGCAAGGAAAAUUUAACAGCAUGCAGAGAGAAUACUCUCAACUCCUGGAAGAUAAAACUGCUUUGCAGUCAUCACUUGCUGCAUGUCAAGCUGAACUUGAUAUAUCUAGGCAGAAAAAUGAAACACUGCGUGUAGAGCAGACAGAACUACAGCGGGCAUUCAAUCUCACUGACAGCAACAAAAAGGAAAGUCGGGUGAAACAUCAAGAAUCAGCAGGUGUGAAUGAAAGCAGACUCUCAGAACUGGAAAAACAAGUGAUGUCAUUACGGGACCAGAACACUAAAUUAGGCUUACAGCUAGAACAAUAUGUUACUGCUUUGGUAUCUAAGGAAAAUCGGGUCACGGAACUGGAAACUCUCUUGAAAGAAUCUUGUGAGCUUGUUGCCACACAACAGUCUGACUGUUCUAUGUUGUCAAAUAAACUGCUAUUUCAUCAAAAGAAGAUUGAAACACUAGAGACCUUGAGAGAUGCAUCAGAGCAGCAAAUAGAAGAAUUAAGGCAUCUUCAGAAAACAAUGCAAGAAGAGAAAAGUAGAUUGAAAACUGAAAUGAAGAGCUGCCAUGAUGAGCUUGAACAGAGUCAGUCUCAGCAAUUGCAAUUGGAGUUGAGGUUUUCUGGUUUACAAGAAGCUCGAAUGACCGAAAAGAGACAUAUGAUGGAAAUUCUAGAACAGAUAUCAAACGACUGGUCACGGCAUGAAGUAGCAUUUGAAAGAGCACAGCAAGAAAAGAGGGGUGUAGAUAAGGCACUGAGAGAUGCACAGAAAACUGCCAAGGAAGAGAAACAGAGACUUGAACAAAUGGCUGAGCAGCUAGGUUUACAACUUGAGGGAACAACCAAGCAUUUAGAGGAGCAAGUAAAGUCUGUACUGCAAAUAAAGUUUGAGACCUCAAAGAUGAAGAAACAUUUGGACAUGAAGGAACAGCAAUGUCACACAGCUGAACAACGCUGUCAAGAAGAACUGAUAAAAAUCAAUGAACUUGAGAGACAGCUGCAGCAAGCAAGAAAUGAUAUAAAUGAGAUGAAAUUGAAAGCCAAUAGAAUGGAGAAAGACAAGUCAGCUCUUAUCAGGGAAAGAGAUAUAAAUGCAGCAUCUCAUAGUUCUCAGCUAUCGAUUGCUUAUCAAAAGCAACAGAGCAUGGAAAAGUUAAUCGAUUGCAAGACUGACGAUAUUACACAAAAGGCUGUGGAAUUAGCACAGAUCAGACAACAGAAAUUUGCUGUAGAGAGAGAACUUCAAUUGACAAGACAGAGAGAAGAAGAGGCAAGACUAGAACGAGAGAAACUGAAGGACAAAUUAGUAGCUGUAGAUGCUGAUUGCAGGAGCAAAUUGUCAGCCAAAAAAGGUGAGAUCAGUCAUUUGUCAAGCAAACUGGAGGUAGCCUACGAUAACAUCAAUGAGCUAGAAGGUGCAAUCAAAACAAUGAAGCAUGAAGCCAUUGUGAGGGAUGAAGAAUGUCACAGACUGGAGGGUGUAUCCCAGAAACUUGAGGAGAAAGUGAGUAUCUUAACAGAUGAGCUCAAGAGGAAACAACAUAGCUACAGAGAAAGACAACUUGCAUUGGAACAAUCACAGGUGGCUGUUGAAAUGAAGUUGGGUAGAUUACAAGAGCAGAGCAGAUUGGAUGUGACAGGUUACCAUCAUCAUCAGCAGCAAGUACAAGAGCUGCAGCAAGAAAUUAGUUGCCUUCAGCUCGCAACCAAGUCCCAAGAGCUUGAGUCUGAGCAGAAGAUUGAGGAAAUGAAAGUAGCAUUAGAAUUGGAAAAGGGCAAACUGGCAGGUAUCUUAGAUGCACACUCAGCUCUCAAGCAGCAUACGUCUGCACUUGAAGCUGCUUUAGCAAGGCGAGAUCAGUCACUUGUCUAUUUGUCAGCCAAGGCCAAGUCUGUGUUGGCAGAUCAUGAAGAUGAAGAGCGAGAGGUGACAAGGCGCAUUACCUAUUUGGAAGCUGAACUGGUAGAACGUUCUGGACAGCUAGACAGUGCCAGGGUGGAACAAUCUCAACAAAGACUUCAGAUUGAAACGCUGCAGAGCGAAUUAGUAACAACAACAGAACAGUCAACUCAAAUGACGGCAGCUGUUGAGCAGCUGGAGAAAGAAAAGGAUAAACUGUCGAAGACAACAGACAUGAUCAAAUGCAAUCUGGAGAGAACAGAGAGAGAAUUGAAAAAUAGAGACCAAGAAGUGCAGAGGUUUAUUGCUGAUCUAGAGUCAAUGAAGAGUGACUUGCUGAUUAAGCAACACGAGCAGAGAUCACUUAUAGAAAAAGUAGAAUCCCUAACAUGGGAAUUAGAGCUGAAGACUGUCGAAUGUGAGCAAAAAGAUAUAUAUGGACAGAAGGCUUCAGAAAGGCACAAACUGGAGAUGGAAGAGGCACAGAAGCAGCUGGAAAUGGUAAAACAAUCAAACAGAGAGAUGAUUGUCAGGCUGAAAGAGACCUGGGAUGGCAGAAACUCUUUAGAGGAAGAAGUUAUGAGGAGUCGUGACCAAAUGGCAUUGUUUCAGUUGGAGUCAGAAGCAACUGCUGUAGAUGAAAUGGAGCUACGGACAGAAGCAGAAAUCAGGCGGCAGGAAGCAAGAAGCAUUCAAGAAAGGAUGGAAAAGCUGGAGAUACAAAAUGACAACCUAAGACAAACGGCAUCGACUCUAUUAGAUCAGUGCCUUCAGGCACGAAGAGUGCCGUCCUCAAAGCCCACUUUGAUAUCUGACCCAGUCAUGAAGGAUGCACUAGACCAGGAAGCUGAUGAAACAGUCAUGAGCGGAUCUGGAAGGAGUGUCACAACCAACUUACAACUGUGCCUUGACUUGCUACGGAAUGACAUGGACAGACUGCAACGUGAAAUGGAAGAUCAUGGUGGUACAUCAGCUUGGUUGCGAGAUGACAGUAAGCAUGUCAGCGAUCAAGAAUGAACAACAGUUGGUCUCAAUGUACAAGCCACAAUCGAAUAGUACGCCAGGGAAUAUUCUAAACAAGUGUCUCUUUAUCAUCUAGUUGUGUGUAUACUACAUCAUCGUUGUUAUUCUAUUAUUUAUUUAUUUUCUAAUAUUACAUAUUACACUGUUAGAACAUC